UUCCUGUCGUGUGUGAUGCGAAGCAAAAUGAGGCGAGUGCUGGGAUUUUCCCUUGAAGCCACGGAGCCCCCUGACACACAGGCCCUCCUGACCCGCACCCACGACCACGAUAGACAGGAAGAGGAGGAGGAAGAGGAGGAAAAGAACUCCUCCUGGGUCCCGCUGCAUAUGCUCCCUCACACCAAGUACCUGCGGAAGAUGGCGGCCAUCGGCCGCUACAUGGAGCUGACCAUCGAGCACGUCCAGGAGGUAGGCUGCAGCAGCACGCGAGGCCUGGUGGCCGGCCAGCCCAGCGCUGGAGACCCCCCGUCCCUGCUGGAGCCCCCGGCCUACCCCCCCAUCCGGGUCAUCCAUGCCGAGCUGUCCCCGAGCAGCUCCUCCGAGGUCUCUUCCAUUGACUCGGAGCUGGAGAAGUACUGGGAGGCCCUGAACGCCGAGCAGUGGGACCCAGAAGACGCCCCUCUGGGCCGGAGCAGAGCCCCCCCGGCCGGGCCUCAGUGACGUCGUUGGCCUUCUCGCUGCCCAGAGGCCUGAGAGGCCGGCCCGAAGCUCCCCAAUGGAGAACGCUGGCCCUGCGGAGCCCAGGACGGCCUCCGACCCAGCCUCUGGCCCGGCCUGUGGUCCUGGGCAGCUCCGGCCCCCUCUCAGGCUCUGGCUCACCCUUUCCUGUCUUCAUUCGUUGUGGGGAGGUCCUGGGUUCCAGCGUGCCUCGGACACUCCCUGGGCAGUAACCCUGGGCCAGUCCCUUCACCCCACUUCUGCCUCCGAGGGGAGGGUGAGAAAAAAGCCCGACAGCCUGGUCCUGCCCGGCUCUCCCCAGACCCCCGUCUGCUCAGUUCCCUUCGUCCGUCCAGCCGCCGGCGCGGGGAAACCAAAGCAGGAGGAGGGAGCUUGCCGGCCUCCAGUGCUGGGUCCUCGCGGCGGAGCAGAUGGUCAGAGGCCGCUUUUCACGGCUGUCGCUCUGGGAGUGGCCGCCGGCCUUCCUCCGUGGUCCAGCCUCCAGGCUGGUGCCGGUGUCCGAGCAGGGAAGGAGGCCCUGCCUGCCUUUGCGUCCCUUUCUGCACACGGUGCCACCCUGAGCCCCUUUAAAGGCCCCUUUGAGUAAGCACAAGGGCAGCCUUCCUCUUGGAGACUUCCAGGGGUGCCCCGGGGUAAACCGAGGCCCCGAACGAUCCGUGCCACCAAAGCAGCUCUUGGUGACUUUCUGAGGGACACGACUGAAGCGUGGACGAGAGAUCCUGCCCAAGUCCUGCCACGCUAAGGCGGGCUCUGCUCCUGCGUCCGGCCGCCUCCGCAGCCCCCCUCUUCCUGCCCAGACGCAGCGCAGGCUUCUGGGCUUACCCUUCGGGCUGAGGGUCCCCCUCACUUCCUGUCCCACCUCCACGUUUGAGGGGGAAAGAGCGUGUCAUCGAGGAGGGGCUGCACGGAGGGGCUUGGCACGUUCUCUCCCCCCAGCUCAGCCUUCCUGGACCUCCCCAUUCCAGCAGCCUCCAAGCGGGGAGGGCAGAAGCUGCCUCGCUUUGUCCUGCUGUCCUGGUCCCCGGCGAUCCCUUCCUGGCCAGAUCCGGUGCUCUCCCCCCUUCCUGGCUCCUCAGCAGCCUUCCACUGUCCAUCUCCUUCCCUCCUCUCUGGCGGCCGGCUUGGGAGGUGGGACAGAGCUGGCCUCCGAAGGCAUCCUCACACUGGCGCCUCCUGGCCUCCUCGGGCUGCUCUUGGCAAAGAUGCCGGCCUGGCCUGGCCUGGCCUGGCCUGGCAGGGAGAAUGUCCUUGUCCAGGCAGUGGUCCUUGUACUCGUCUUCUAACUCACUCUAAAAUGUUCUGGAAAGUGUCGGCGGACUUUGAGCUCAGCGGGAAAGCAGCUUCAUUCCUAAAAACGCUCCGAGGGAGACCACCAGGGGCUCGGCGGCUGCAUUUGCACCCAAGACUCUUGCAUAGUUGGUGGACUGGAUGAAGAAAGGCGCCUCCUGGCUGCGGAGCUCAGCAGGAGACUUCCCUUUGCUGGGCUCCAGCAGCCCCAGAAAACAACAGAAUCUGUCCGAGCCAGCGGAUCUCAGCAAGGUCCAACCCAGGCGUCCUGCGUGGUCCCCCCCAAAUGCCGUGAGGGAUCCUUUCGGUUGGGGCCAUUUUAGGGAGAGCCCAAAUGCCUCUGUGCCUGCCGUGAAUAAAUCCUGUUGUGCUGGA